AUGCCUGAUUCUCCCUAUCUGAGCGAGGACGAUCUAAUCCAGCUGUCCUUCCUGCGCGACGUUGAGACCGAUGCACUCAUCGAGGCGGGCUUCUUGGGCAAGGACGAAGCACAAUCACAAUCCCUCAACCAGGAAUUCAACUUGAGCUACGAGGAGCUGGAUUUGCGCAUCACUAAGGGACUGUCAUAUCCGGUCACAUCAAUCACAUGGAGCGUGGACAACCAUGCACUCUCAAGGAUAUUCAUCAUUGAGCUUCGCGCUCAGCUGCGCCAGAUCGCAGAGGACUCUGAUGCUACCAACAAUAUCUCAAGAUGGCAGAACCGCGAGGACGAAUGCGACUUCGGCAUAUUCGAGCCAACGAUGGUAGUUCCCGAGCUUGCGCGCGAGACGGCGAAGUACGUAGAGGCAUGGCGGCAGAAACAGGCCCUCUUCAAUCCUGCCGCCACUGCCGCCACUGCCGCCACUGAACCAGUGCUCCCCUUCGAGAUGAAGCAACCCAUGGCAAACCUGGCGAUGACGACCGGUGGGAUCGCCUACCAGUUCCUCCAGAAGACGCCGCAGGAGAUCACCACCAAGAUACCUUCUUCCUAUCGGAUAUUACAUGUAGAGGAGGUCGAAGACCUCGUCGACUACCUCGUGAAGCCUAAAAUCACAUUCCACGGCACGCAGCGGCAAUACGUGCCCUCGAUAGUCCAGCACGACUUCCUCAAACCAGGCCAUAAAGACCCCAGCACGGGCGCCGAUCACGCCGUGCGCUGCGGCUCGACGUACGGGCGCGGCAUCUACAGCUCGCCCAGCGCGGACUUCUCGCUCAGCUACACGGACAGCAACUGCCGCGCGACGAAGCCCAACGAGUUCUUCGGGGUGAAGCUGAUCGUGUGCGCGACGCUGAUGGGGCGCGCGGCGCAGAUCUUCAGGGACGACGACUGGCGCACGCAGUCGGAGCCGUACGAGGACGCCGACUCGCACGUCGACAACGGCGGGCGCGAGUACAUCGUCUUUAUCCAUUCCACAAGAAGACUGCGCAACACAGCUCAGCGUGUCCGACAUCCAGCGCCGAGCUUCCAUCACGGUCCCAAUGGGCGGCAUGGCUCUUGGAUACGACGAGGACGUGCUCGAGACUUCGGGCCUGCGAACUGUGCCGGCGUCGCCAUCGUAGGCGAGUACGACAGCGGCGACGAAGAAGACCAAAAAGCGCGUGGCGAUCGAGUCUUGCUGUACAUUGCGGCCUAUAAGCCUAGUGAGAAGUGGGAGGAGUUCAGCGAUAUGGUAGAGGCGGCCAAGGAUAAAGGACUAAAGUCGUUCAAGGCUGAGGUGGUCGCUAUGGACCCGGGGUCCUGGGCCACCAGCCGGAUGUUCCCUCAGUAUUCGGCUUCCCAGGACGCUAAGCAGACGAUGGAGAUCUUUAACAACUAUAUCAUUGGUUGUAUGGAGGACCUAACCGGAGAUGAGCCCGAGGUCGUGUACCAUCAUGUUGACCAUGCUUUCAGGCUCAGGAUCACGUCUGACAAGCAUAUGAUAGCAUCCAGGUAG